UUUUUCAUAAUAGUGAGAGAUAGAGUCGAUAACUAUGGAGAGAACAACGAACUUAUGGGUUUGGUUUAGUCUUAUGAUUUUCUUAGGAAUCUCUAUUAAUGGAGGUCUUUCUCAAAGACAGCAACAUGUUAUGAAGAAGACACGUUCUUCUGCAGUUGUAGUCGGAACUGUCUACUGUGACACUUGUUUUAACGAUGCCUUCUCGAAAUCACACAACCACUUAAUCCCAGGUGCUUUAGUUGCAGUGGAAUGCAUUGACGAGAACUCGAAACCGAGUUUCAGACAAGAAGUGAAAACAGACAAGCGCGGCGAAUUCAAAGUGAAGCUACCAUUCUCUGUGAGCAAACAUGUGAAGAAGAUCAAGAGAUGCUCUGUGAAGUUGCUAAGUAGCUCACAGCCUUACUGUUCUAUAGCUUCGUCCGCUACUUCUUCUUCUCUCAAACGCCUUAAAUCAAACCAUCAUGGAGAGAAUACUAGGGUUUUCUCUGCAGGGUUCUUCACUUUCAGACCCGAAAACCAACCAGAGAUUUGUAGCCAAAAACCUAUCAAUCUCCAGGCGUCCAAGCCUCUUUUACCGGAUCCUUCAUUCCCUCCAGCGAUCCAAGAUCCUCCUAAUCCUUCCCCUCUCCCGAAUCUCCCCAUCGUUCCUCCUCUUCCGAACUUACCUCUUCCGGACUUACCUCUUCCUCAAGUUCCUCCUCUUCUUCCCCCAGGACCACAGAAAUCAUCUUCCUUGCAUAACAAGAAAUCUGAUUCCUUGAAAGACAAGAAAACUGAAGUACUAAAACCCGAUUUCUUCCUUCCGCCAAACCCGUUAAACCCGCCAUCUAUCAUCCCUCCAAACCCUCUAAUUCCUUCUAUCCCAACCCCAACUCUCCCUCCAAACCCGGUCAUUCCUUCUCCCCCAACUCUCCCUCCAAUCCCAUUAAUCCCUUCUCCCACAACUCCAACUCUCCCUCCAAUUCCGCUAAUUCCUACUCCCCCAACUCCAACUCUGCCACCGCUUCCAACAAUUCCGACUCUUCCACCUCUUCCACUUCCACUUCCACCUGUCCCAAUCGUAAAUCCGCCUGCACUACCGCCACCGCCUUCUUUCCCUGUUCCGCUCCCUCCGAUCCCUCUCAUCCCUGGAAUCCCUCCGGUUACACCUUCCUUUUCUAGUCACCAUCAACCUUAAAUUCAGCAAUCCUUUCCUCACAUUUCCAAUUAUGUAAUCUAUAUGUAUCAUCCUGUUUAAAUUAUGUUUUCCUCUGCAUUUUCACUUGUUGGCUUCUUGUUAUUUUAAUAAAUAUUGUUUGGUUUC